AUGAGUUCGUCUCCGCUGGGUUCCCGUGGCAACAUGGACAUUCUGGAGGAGCUGCAGCUGAUCGCAGCACAGAACCUGGAGAGGUUAGAGGUCAACAAGUACUACGAGGUCAUCAGGGAGCUUGGCAAGGGCACUUACGGCAAGGUGGACCUGGUCAUACACAAGAUCAGAGGCACCAAGAUGGCCCUGAAGUUCCUGAGGAAGAAGACGACCAAGCUGAAGUCGUUCCUGAGGGAGUACAGCAUCUCUCUCUACCUUUCUCCCUGUCCCUUUAUCAUUAACAUGUUUGGGAUCGCCUUCGAGACUGACGACUACUACGUGUUCGCCCAGGAGUAUGCCCUGUCCGGGGACCUCUUCGACAUCAUCCCUCCACAGGUGGGUCUCCCAGAGACGGUUGCUAAGCGCUGUGUGCACCAGGUUGCCAUCGCCCUGGACUACCUUCACUGUAAGAAGUUGGUGCACCGAGACGUCAAGCCUGAGAACAUCCUCAUCUUUGACCGUGAGUGCCGCAAGGUCAAACUGUCUGACUUCGGCAUGACGCGCCGCGCUGGCUCACCAGUCAAACGGGUCAGCGGUACCAUCCCCUACACGGCUCCGGAGCUGUGCGACACGUCUCGCCAUGAGGGCUUCUGCGUGGACUACAGCACGGAUGUGUGGGCCUUUGGCGUCCUCCUCUUCUGCAUGCUGACCGGUAACUUCCCCUGGGAGAAGGCCCUGCCCUCCGACUCCUUCUACCAGGAGUUCACUCGCUGGCAGAGACGGCGCACGGGCACAGUGCCCUCGCAGUGGCGCCGCUUCACUGAGCAGGCCCUCCGCAUGUUCCGCAGGCUCCUCUCGGUGGAGCAGGACAGACGCUGCUCCGUCAAAGAGGUGUUUGGCUACUUCAGCCACAGCUGGAUCUCUGUGCCCUCGACUAACAGCUAUGACCGCAUGCCCAGAGACAGCAACAGCAACCAGCCCCCCGGACGCAUACUGGUGGCUACGCCUAUAGAGAUCUGUGUCUGA